CACGCUUCCUCACAAGAACGCAUGCGUGCUUAGUCCCGGUGGCGCCCAAAGCUCGCGAGAUUUUAGCCUUGGGCCCCUCUCGCGAGCUUUCCCUUCCUCUUCUGCUCACCCUUCUGCUUCUUUUUCUUUGUUCCCACGUCCGGAGGGUCUCGCGGGAGCCGGGUGCGGGGGGGAGCGCGAGGGGGCUGUGGCCGUGGCUGUGGCCGUGGCGGCAGCUCUCGCGGUGUUUGCGCGGCCCUCCCCCCUGCUCUCCGGGAUCCCCCCUCCCCCCAGCGCCGCUCUGCUUCCCUCCCCUCCCCUCAGGGAGAAUAUGGUCGCCGGCGAUGGACGCCCCCAGUGCAGGAAGCGCCUUUGAGGACCUUAUUGAAGCCCUAAAUGAUAGUACAGUAACCAAGUUCUUCAAUCUUCCUAAGCUUGGAGGCACCAAGUAUGAUGCUCUGCCUUACUCAAUACGGGUACUGCUGGAAGCUGCUGUUCGAAAUUGUGAUGGCUUCCUAGUGAAAAAGGAAGAUGUUAUGAAUAUUUUAGAUUGGAAGAGUAAACAAAACAAUGUUGAAGUGCCCUUUCUCCCUGCCCGUGUUCUCCUUCAAGAUUUUACUGGGAUACCAGCAAUGGUGGAUUUUGCUGCUAUGAGAGAAGCAGUGAAAACUCUUGGUGGAGAUCCUAAGAAUGUCCAUCCUGCCUGCCCUACAGAUCUUACUGUUGACCACUCUUUGCAAAUUGACUUCAGUAAAUGUGCAAUACAGAAUGCUCCAAAUCCUGGAGGUGGUGACCUGCAGAAAACCACAAGCAAACUUUCUCCACUUAAAGUUCAGCCUCGAAAAGUCUCCUGCAGAGGCCAGACUACCUGCCGAGGGCCAUGUGAUACUGGAGAACUGGGCCGCAACUCAGGAAAAUUUUCUGCACAGAUUGAGAACACACCAAUCCUAUGUCCUUUUCAUUUACAACCAGUGCCUGAGCCUGAAACAGUGUUAAAAAACCAAGAGGUAGAAUUUGGCAGAAAUCGAGAAAGACUACAAUUUUUCAAGUGGACUUCAAAAGUUUUUAAGAAUGUGACUCUGAUUCCCCCUGGAACUGGAAUGGCCCAUCAAGUCAACUUGGAGUAUUUGUCAAGAGUGGUUUUUGAAGAAAAGGACCUCUUCUUUCCAGACAGUGUGGUUGGAACAGACUCUCAUAUAACCAUGGUGAAUGGCUUGGGCAUCCUAGGAUGGGGAGUUGGCGGCAUCGAGACAGAAGCAGUUAUGCUUGGUCUUCCAGUCUCUCUUACUUUGCCUGAGGUGGUUGGGUGUGAAUUGAUUGGAUCAUCAAGUUCUUUGGCUACAUCCAUAGAUGUGGUUCUUGGUAUUACAAAGCACCUCAGACAAGUAGGAGUGGCUGGAAAAUUUGUCGAAUUCUUUGGAAGUGGAGUUCCUCAACUCUCUGUGACUGAUCGAACCACAAUUGCAAACAUGUGUCCUGAAUAUGGUGCUAUUCUGAGCUUUUUCCCUGUUGAUAAUGUGACUUUAAAGCACUUAGAGCAUACAGGUUUUGACAAAGAGAAACUUACGUUAAUGGAAGCAUACCUUAAAGCUGUGAAGUUGUUUAGAAGUGACCAGAGUUCUUCAACAGAGCCCGAGUAUUCCCAGAUAAUACAGAUUAAUCUGAACUCUAUAAUUCCAUCUGUCAGUGGUCCAAAGAGGCCCCAGGAUCGAGUGGCUGUGAGUGAUAUGAAAAGUGAUUUCCAAGCUUGCCUAAAUGAAAAGGUUGGAUUUAAAGGCUUUCAAAUUGCCACAGAAAAACAAAAUGAUAUCGUGCCUAUUCAGUAUGAAGGAAUUGAGUAUAAACUGUCUCAUGGUUCUGUUGUCAUUGCUGCGGUGAUCAGUUGUACCAAUAACUGUAAUCCUUCUGUCAUGCUUGCUGCAGGUCUGUUGGCAAAAAAAGCUGUUGAAGCUGGCCUCCGGGUUAAACCUUACAUCAGAACAAGCUUAUCUCCUGGCAGUGGGAUGGUUACACAUUACCUCAGUUCAAGUGGAGUGUUACCAUACCUUAGUAAACUUGGAUUUGAAGUAGUGGGUUAUGGAUGUUCAACCUGUGUUGGAAAUACAGCUCCCUUACCAGAAGCUGUUCUGAAUGCAAUAAAAGAGGGUGACUUAGUUGCGUGUGGGGUUCUAUCUGGCAACAAGAAUUUUGAAGGUCGUCUCUGUGACUGUGUCCGUGCCAACUACCUUGCCUCCCCACCUCUAGUAGUAGCUUAUGCCAUUGCAGGAACAGUGAACAUAGAUUUCCAGACUGAGCCUUUAGGUACUGAUCCUCAAGGCAGAAACAUCUACCUACAAGACAUUUGGCCUAAUCGAGAGGAGCUCCAUAAAGUCGAGGAAGAGCAUGUGAUAUUCUCUAUGUUUAAAGAAUUAAAGGAAAAAAUGGAGAAGGGAAAUAAGCGGUGGAAUUCCUUAGAUGCCCCAGAUUCUGUUUUGUUCCCAUGGGAUUCAAAAUCUACUUAUAUCAGAUGUCCAUCUUUUUUUGAUAAGCUUGCCAAACAGCCAGUUCCCCUGCAACCUAUUGAAAAUGCCCAUGUCUUGCUCUAUUUGGGAGACUGUGUCACAACAGACCAUAUAUCCCCUGCUGGAAGCAUCGCCAGGAGUAGCGCUGCUGCCAAGUAUCUGACAAAUAGAGGCCUUACACCUCGUGAAUUCAAUUCUUAUGGAGCCCGAAGAGGCAAUGAUGCUGUGAUGACAAGGGGCACUUUUGCAAAUAUCAAGCUUCUAAAUAAGUUUAUUGGAAAACCUGCCCCCAAAACACUUCAUUUUCCAUCAGGACAGACGCUGGAUGUAUUUGAGGCUGCUGAAUUAUACCAGAAAGAAGGUAUUCCAUUGAUUAUUUUAGCAGGAAAGAAAUACGGCUCUGGAAAUUCAAGAGACUGGGCUGCCAAAGGACCAUAUUUGAUGGGCGUGAAAGCUGUUAUAGCUGAAAGUUAUGAAAAGAUUCACAAAGACCAUUUGAUUGGAAUCGGCAUCGCUCCACUGCAGUUUCUUCCAGGAGAAAGUGCCAGUUCCUUGGGCCUCUCUGGCAGAGAGCAGUUUUCUUUGUCAUUCCCUGAAGACCUGUCACCAGGAGUCACCUUAAACGUAAAGACAAGCACUGGAAAAGUAUUCAGCGUGAUUGCUUCAUUUGAAAAUGAUGUGGAAAUAACAUUAUACAAACAUGGCGGAUUAUUAAACUAUGUGGCCCGGAAAUUCUCCUAGUAUCUACUGAACACGGAGACCUUCCCUAAUUGGUAACUGCAAAUGCCUUGUGUGACGGACCCAGGAAUUCAUACCGUGGAGCUCCAAACAGUCGCAGUACGCUCAAUUAUCUCAUCCAUGGGUGUAAAAGAUUGUGAAUCAUCGUAGUGACCACAAUGAGAUCCUUCUUGAUUUUAAAUACUAUAUGAAUGGUGCUAUUAACAUUGCUAAAAUCAGCCUAAGUGUGUUGUGGAAGAGAGCUGUAAGUAUGGGGGGGUGGGGGGAUAUUUUAUCAAACCAUUUUGUAAAUAAACAAGGCAGAAUUUGAACUUAAAUUGUGGUGAAGAUUAUUAUGUAAGAGCAACCUUCCUGCAGUUGUCUUUCUUUAGUUUUGCACCUUUAAAACUGUGUACUACUGUUUGUUGGUUUAAGGGUAACAGAUUGAAGUACAAGAAGCCAAAUUGGAUUGUCGGAUUCUGGAAGCUGAGAAUCUGGGUUCUAAAUGGACUUUCAGCUUUUAUUCCAUAGCCUUAGAAUUGAGGUAAGCAAAGUUGGCAUGCUUAGAUAGGCAUUUGCAUUAGUUUGGAAAUACAGGCCAGGGCUAUCCUCAGCCUUCUUCCAAGGGACAUGAACUCGAAAAACGGGUGUGAGUAGGUGAAAAUAGGCCUUUCCCAGUUGGGACCUGCUUUUAUCUAUGAGUACUCAGAAGGAAGGUGAGACUAGCCUAUUCCAUAAUAGUCCAAUGUGGUACCUAUAGAUUUUUUAGUAAUUUGCUGAUCAAACUGCCCGGCAUGAUAGAUAUCGGCACAGGUGGAACAGAAGUUACCCACCUUCAUGUGAGACUUUUACUUCUAAGAACACAUCAUUUACCAAAAACUCACCUUUGUAUUAUUGUUGAAGAUCUGAGAAAGGAACUAUUUAUUUGACCAGACAAAUGUCAAAAUUAUCUUCUCCACACUUUUGGAGAUGAACUAAAAUUGUAGCAAAUGUUCAGUCUAAAUUAUAAGAUGGCUGAGCAGUCUAAGCAGGCUUUAUUUUAAUAUUUGGUUAUCUUUUGAAUUAUUUAAAAUCAUUUCCUGUUGCUUUGAAUCUUCCUCUUUUUUUCUUUGGGUUAAUUUUUGUAUUAAUUGUGUUAUCACCCUGUUUGAGGAUAGUGAUGUGUAACCUAUUCUGAGCAUUCUUGCCUUGCAAGCAUAUAUUCUUGCUAAUCAGAAUGAAUUCCUUGACAUAACCCAAAGAAAGUGGACCACUUUUAUCUUUUCCAAAGGGUUAGAUGAUUAUUUCUGAAGCUUUUAUAAAUUAUUUCAAAUUUAAGGAAUUUCAUUUAAAGAUGUAAAACUGGGUGGAAGAAAAGAUAAUGUCAUUCACUUUGAAAUAUCAUUUUUACAGUUUUAAAUCAAUAUUUCAUAUGUAAAGAUAAUAAAACCCUUCCAACUAUUUAAACCAGUGGACAGGGACCACUGAGUAACUAUUGCACAGAAUUACCAGUAUGAGAGUUUACAGUUAAGUCAUAAAUAAAUAUUUGGGUGAUAAAUUGUACUAAGUUGAAGCUAAAUGACUUCUUUUCCCCACCCUUCCCUUUCCCUAUCCAUCCCCUAUGUGCACUCAAAACAGAUUCUUGUCUAAUAUUUGUUUCCAAUCACCUUUGAUUGAUAUUGUUUUCGCCAUACUUUAUCAUGUUCUUGUAUAUCCUUGUUGGUGUAUUUUUAAUUUACAUGGAAACAUGUUAUUAUAGUUGGAAUUGUUACACUCUAAAUGUUAAAAUAACCAUGGUGAUUUUCAAAAGGAGAUGACUUCAAAAAUUGUAAACCAUUUAAAAAAAAAGCCUUUAUAAACUUGGGGCCAUACCACAACCUCCAGGUAGAGCUAUGAACAAAUUAACUUUCAGGCCAGUACAUGAGGCCGUUUUGAAUUCUCCACUAGGAAUAAAGUAUUUGCAGACAUUUGAUGUCUAGUUCUUUCAGUAGCAGUCGUCAUGGUUAGAGAGCCUUAAUUCGUUGUCUAAUCCCUGUUGUCUUGAUCUUGUAUUUGUAUAUUGCAAGUAGCAGUUUUGGUCUUCCUGGGAAGUGGCCAGAUUGUAUUUCUCAGUAAGAACUGCUGUUGGCCAACUGUUUGUUACAUGAGGAGGUCCUGGCAUUCAAUGCUGAGCUUGUCAUGUCCCUUUGGUUGUCACCAUUUCUUACAUAGAAGACACCUCUUAGACAUUAAACUAGAAGAAAUAAAGCAGCGUUUAAGGAAAGGAAGGCCAAUGGAUAUGUCAAAGGAGCACCUCAGGAUUUGUGAAUGCAAGUCUAGUUGUAAAAGUCCAUUGUCACCUGACUGGUGGGUUUUGUUUAUUUUUAACUUUCAUAGUAAAUUAUGCUUAAGUGGAAUGGCCCAUCUUGUGACCUACAGGUCUGCUGCUUUUUUAUAUGAAAUCGGUGAGAAAGCUCCCUCUUAUUCAGCCAUGAGCACCUACCCUGUCCCCCUGAUAUUUGUAGUUGUUUAUUCUGUGACUGACCAACUUCUGAAAGGAAGGGAUCGAGCUGCUGAGUUCCCUGCGCUUUGGAAGCAGGAGUGUGGUCCCUAGAGCCACCUGGCCUCAAUCUGUUGUACGAAGGGGGUCGGGAGGAGCAGGUACUCACAGGACACACAUUCCUAUGAAAAUAAAGGACAGAAAGCCCAGUGGCUUUCUAAGCUACCUAAAAGGUUUUCCCGCCUUGACAGUACAAGUGUUGACAGCAUCGUUUGCAUGUGGCUUUAGUAGGGUGGAGAGAAUUAUUUGGCCACCAUAUGGACAAGGUGAGAUCUCAAAGGACAACUUUUUUCUUUUGCCAUUUUACAUAUUUAUCUUUGAGGAUGGCAUAGGGAACAAAAUGGACACCCUGGGCCUUCCUCGCUUCGUUUGAUUUGGGUGAACAAAAUAAGACAGAUAUUAUUUGGGCUUUUGAAAUGUUUAUUCCCCAAAUUGUGGUAGUGUUGCUGUUUCUAUCCAUUUGACUUCUAGUAUAUGGCUAUAAAACCAUAUGUAUAGUAAUCACAUUUGAAUAACUGCAAAUCAAUGUCUACUGUUUAAAGCCAACAAAACAGUGUAACAGUUUUAAGUUCAACAAUGUUAAGUAUUGUAUAGAAAUAUAUCUGGAGGCAAAGUUCAGUUGAUGACAAUUGUGCAUAUAAAUGUUACCAAUGUUGUAAAUUAUUUUUAAUAAAGAAAAUUGUAUUAUCA